AUGCUGCUGUCCGGUGUCUCGCUACUCGCAGGCCUUCUUUCCUCGGCCUACGCUGCAGAUAUUCCAAGGGUACUUGAUUGCAGCACCGAUGAGAGCUGGAAAGUGCCCAAAGAGUGUGAGGCGCCCAUCGCACCAGUUGCAGCAGUAGUACCCGGAUUGUCCUACAUCGCGAAGAUAGAAUGCAAGGACUGCCCUUAUCAGGACAAGAAUGACGAGGUUGUAAAUGGUGACCAUGUACUUCUUCUUAACGUAACCCUCACCCACGAUAACCGCACAGUCCUCCUCAACAAUCGUCCGCUAUACCCCUUACCAACUAUACCCACGCCUCCUACCUUCGACGUCACAAAGUACCGCUCCAACCUCUCCCACGCAGAACUGUACUCGGGCUUGACAUCUCGAGACCCAUAUUGCCUGGGUGGAGGCUCAGGAGAAUGGUGUCGCACGGUACCUCUGGCUUCUUCCGGGCGUAUGAAGUUCGACUACCUAUACAUUACGAACCCGACCGAUAGUCAUGGAGACGAUGACAUGGGUGCACAAUAUUGGGACGUUGCGCUGGAUGUGAUUGAGAAGUCGCGAUACCCUGGCGACGACUACCCGCUUUGGAAGUUCGACAAUCCGGAGCAGAAGAUGCUGUGGAUGCUUAUCAAGGGGACCCCAUUGAAGAGAGGCGACAAUGGAGGACCAGCCAAGGUCGCCGAUCCUUUCGGGCAGUCUACCACUGAUGACCAGAUCUACGAAUACCAGAUCGUCGAUAUGCGCUUAGUAGCCCGAGCCUACACCUUCCCAGCCAAGAAACCCUUGACCAUCUGGGGCAGGAUAGGACAUUUUCUCGGCAACGAUGUCUGGGAUCUAGAGCGCGGUCGCUUUCUCUACCGCGAAGAAGAAUGGGGUUACUACGGCAAGCAAGGAACCCUUCGCGACAUGUUUGGCGAGUUCGUCCACUGGAGAGAAUGGGGCUUGUUCUGGAUUAUUUUCAGUAGCGUCGUAGGCGGUUUGCUCACCCUAUUUCUCUUCUGGAAGUUGCUCUGGUGGAUCGUCGCGCAGCGCGAGCUCAUGAAGUGGGACGGCAUGGAUGAUGUCUGGGAGAACAUGAGGAGGGAGAGAGUAGCUGAAGAGGAGGACGCUUUGCUGAAUGCACAUGGCGCGUACAGAGACGAUCCGGAGGAGGGUAGUUCGACCAGACCUCCAGGGUAUACUGAUGCGUUGAAGCCACUACCGAGCAAACCGCUACCUGAGAAGCCUCUACCAGAGGUUCCACUGAUCGAUGCUUGA